CCAAAUCUAAAUCAAAAUGGUUUGAUUAAAAAACAAUCACCAAAAUCAAUUCGUACUUUAUGAAAUUCGGGUUUUUAACGAGCUCCCUGAUUACGACUUUGCUGUUGGCAUCUUCGUUUAUUUUCUACUUUUUGAACUGGCCACAGGUGCUCCUUAGUCCCUCCUGAGAAUUAUCGCACUGUACAUCAAUUAUAAGAGAGCAAAAGAAGAGGUCACUCCUGGGCGGGAUUCGAACCGUAGGUCUUUUCAAAGUUCAUUUCAAAUCAAUCCCAGAAAAACAAAACCAGGCUCGAUGCGCAACAAGACUAUAAUGAAAGGAAUAGGAGUGAGUGUAGUAGCGUGUUUGCUACUUCAGCUUCUACUUCAAGGCAGAAUCGUAGUGGGUUUGUCUAUUACAGUGAAUGAGUUGGAAUGCCUUUAUGAGAAUGUGGAGUACGAAGGAGACACCGUCUCUGGCAAUUUCGUCGUAGUCGAUCACGAAAUCUUCUGGAGCUCCGACCAUCCUGGAAUUGAUCUCGUGGUAACAGCUCCUGCAGGAAAUGUUGUGUAUAACUUGAAAGGAACCUCUGGAGACAAGUUCCAAUUUAAGGCACCGCGAAGUGGCAUGUAUAAAUUUUGCUUUCAUAACAGCUAUUCAGCUCCAGAGACAAUUUCUUUUUACAUACACGUUGGUCACAUUCCCAGGGAACAUGACCUUGCUAAGGAGGAACACCUUGAUCCCAUUAAUGUCAGAAUUGCAGAGUUAAGGGAGGCCUUAGAUUCAGUUUCAGCUGAACAACGUUAUCUCAGAGCUCGUGAUGCACGACAUCGUCGUACAAAUGAGAGCACACGCAAGCGUCUUAUUGGCUACACAUUGGGUGAAUACGUUGCACUAGUUUUUGCUAGUGGACUGCAAGUUUAUUUUAUUCGUCGUUUAUUUAGCAAGAAUGUUGCCUAUAACAGAGUGUAGUGAUGUACGACUCUAGAUUUAGAGAGUUGGAUUCAGGCCAUAUAGUGCUUUUGUAAUAUCUCUGCCAACAAUACAAGCAAUUUAAAGAAUUUUUUGGAACUUCUGAAGGAAUAUAUUACAUUUGAGAUGUGCC